UGUAUUCAGAUAGAUUUCCGUCGUUUGUUUUCAGGCGGGUUUCGUGAGUGUGGGUCGGCUUGCAUCAAAACAACGUACAUAUAAAACUUAUGACACAAAGACUUUAUAAGUGACCGUUAUGUUUUUAAACUUACAGUUAAUUUGAUUGCUGGUUAUUCUGCAGCAUAACGUUCGUUAGAUACAAACGUUUGUUAAAAUACGGCGGGCGUGUCAGUAUUUGAAUGUAUAUUCACGGGGCAUAACGUGACAUUUUAUUUUCACCUUUUGAUCUAAAGAAUGGACCGACCAUCGAGAAAUAAGAAAUCAGUCAACUACACAGACUUCCAGGAUGAUGAUGAUGAGGAUUUUGCCUCUGUGAAACCUCCUCCCAAAAAAGCUCGAACAUCCGUCAAAGACCCCGAUUCUGAGAGAAACUGCAAAACUACAAGUGUAUCUCCAAAUGAAGUUGUUGAUCUCACCAGCUCAGGAAACCGGAAGAGGACAUCCCUGGAUGAUAAACUUUAUGAAAGAGAUUUGGAGACAGCUCUAACAUUAUCAUUGCUGGACUCUCCAAGAACACAAGAUGGAGAGCCUACGACCAUAACAGAUGAUCAUGACAGUUCUCAGCCUCCUCAGUGUUCUCCACCUGUUCUAACACAUUGCAGUGCUGAGAGCAGCCAUUUAGUCAGCGAAAGUCACUCUCGUCCAGAUUCUCCUCCUGUGCUGUCAAAUUGUAGCAUUGAUGGCAGAAGUUUAGGGCUGAAUCUGAUUAGCAUAGAUCCCUCCCCUACCAGUGGGUCUAAACAGACGGAAACCGCAGAGGAGCUCAUAAAACCACUGAAGGAGAAGAAGAAAAAUGGAGACGACGAGGACUACCAGCCACAGAACACACCAGAUUCAGAGAGUGAUGCAGACUUCUCUGAAGAAGAUGAGAGCGAAGACGAGGCAUUCACUGUGAAAAAGAAAAAGAAGGUGGUGCAGCAGAAGAGAGAAAAAAAGGCGCCACCGGCUGCAAAGAACAAGACGGAAAAGAAAGACAAACAGCCAAUAAAAGCCUCAAAAGCUAAAAGCUCAGCUCCCAGUCCAGCAAGCUGUCGGAGUCCAGCUGCGCCUGUGUCUGGACUGAAGAAGACGCCCACUACUCCACCUCUCUCUAAACCUGCAGUUUGCUCCAGUCCUGCAGGGGCCAGACUACCUAAGUGGAAUCCCCCUGGUCUGGUUGGUCGGAGUCCCGGUGCAUCUCAGAACGCACAUGUGAAGUCUCCAGGACAGGGGCUGCGUUUAGGACUUUCCCGUCUGGCAAGAGUCAAACCCCUUCACCCUAAUCCUGCUGCAAGCUAAAGAGACUUGUUUUAAAGAAACAAUGUAACCAAAAGCUGUACAUGCGAAGUACAUGAGGCAUCUCUUGGUUUUCAUGGCAGGAAAAAUAUGGUAAGAAGUCUGUUUUCAGAAUGGAUUUUUUAAAUUUUUUUUUACUGAAAUUGGUCCAGAAUAUAUCAUCCCUCGAUUACAGUAAUAUGUAGGUAAUAAACUACUUUUUGCUGUGAUUUUAAUAUUUUAAAAUGUCUUUUUGUGGUGUAUUUUAGCUUUGUAAAUAUGCACUUUUUUGAUAAAUAA